AUGGAGGGCCAAGUCGACCCCGUUAUGCUGCCGAAGCUGCAGGGUCUGGUACGUCGGUGGCUGGCCCGCAAACGCUACAAGCGCCUAUUGUCCAGAAAAAAGCACAGAGACCAUGUGGUCAAGGAGCUCCUUCACACGGAGGAGACCUAUAUCAAGGGCCUUACCAAAAUGAUGGAGGUGUACGUUCGACCUCUGCAAGCGCUGGCACGCGGAGCGAGCGAUGGACGGGUGGCCGAGCUGAACAACAUCACCUCCAAGGCCGAGUACAUCAUCAACCUGAACACAACGCUGCUCUCCGAUCUUAAGGAACGAGUGGACAACUGGUCGAACACCCAGACCAUCGGAGACAUUUUCAUCAAGAUGAGCCCGUUCAUGAAAAUGUACACGCAGUACACCAAUAACUACGAGAGCGCGGUGGUCAUGCUCGAGCAGUCCGCCAACGACAAGGAUAUCCUGUAUCAGUUCAUACAGAGGUGCUACGGCGGCAGAGCCGACGUGCUCACAUUCGAUUCCUAUCUCAUCAUGCCCAUCCAAAGAAUACCGCGAUACAAUCUGUUGCUCGAGGACAUGAUCGCGCACACGUGGGAACACCACCCGGACUACGAGUCCCUCUGUAAGGCCCUCAAGAUGCUGCAGUCGGUCACCGACUUCGUCAACAAAGACAUCGCCACCUCCUCGGCGCUCACCAAAGUGCUGCACAUCCAGAACAGCCUCGGAGGCGAAGUCCAGUUGGUAGCACCGCACCGAUACUGGAUCACGGAGGGGAAGCUGCUGUCGAUGCGCUUCGGAGCGCUCAAUCUGUUCAGUAGCUUCGUGCUGGUCUACCUCUUCAACGAUCUGCUCGUGUUCUCCAGUCGUCUGUUGACGUCGUACCGGUACAAGGGCCACUUCCUCCUGCACUCCACCUGGGUGGUCGAUCUUCCCGACACCAACGCAUUCAAAAACAUUUUUCAAAUCAAGUCGGUCAACUCGCAGACGUACACUUUCUGCGCGGCGUCGGCGGAGGACAAGAAGACGUGGAUAGAUGCCCUCAAUAAGGCCUUUGCCGACAUGCAGCCCGCCGACAAGGUGAAGCGGAAGGAGCUGCAGGACGCGGGAGAGAUUCCUAUUGAGGAAGGCACCCGCGAGGGAUCGGUCGACGAGAAUAAGAAUUUUGCUCUGCAGAUGAUCAUCCAGGCCGCUUCCGAGCAGCAACAGCAAGGCAAGGACCAAAAGCACAAGCGAGAUGAGGACGAGGACACCUACGGCAGCUUGAGCGGCAAGGAGAUGGCGAGGCUCGUGAAAAUGGGCGUGAUGGAAAAGCAGACCGAGGAGGAGAAGAACAGGUCCAAAUUCCUCAAUAACGCCGAAGUGCGGAAGGAGUACCAGUUCAUCCAGCGCAACGUGCAAGAGCGCCAGCAGAUGUACCUGCAGGCGGUGUCGCGCUCCAGCGGGGCCAUCUCCGAUCAGCAGCUCGCCGAGAUCGAGAAGCGGAAGGAGGAGGUCAAGCAGGUGACCCGAGCCGGCAGUGUGCGCGACUCUCGCAACAUAUUCGAGUCCGGCGACUCCAUCACCCUCGAGAGUCCGAGACAGCGCACGCCCGGUUCGACCCGCAUGCCCUCGGAGGCAGCGCUGCUGGUGGCCCGGGCGCAGGACGACGUCGCCAAGAACUCGCCGCGCGGCACGCCCCGUGGCACGCCGCGGGGAUCCGACGCGCUCGAUCCGCCGGGGCGUAAGAUGUCUGCUGAAAUUGUGAAGAGGGUGACAAGUUACAACUCGGCUGUCGGCAGCGCGGACGCGUCGCCGGCCGCAUCUCCGGCCAGCGCCAGCCGGCAGGACAAGCCGCCCAAGAGCCCGGCAGCCGCCGCGCCGCCCAGCAGCAAAGAGGGUGCCGACAGGGGGACCAUUGCCAAGGGCACGGUGGGUGAGCGGGUGAAGGCCUAUCAGGCCCACACCGCGGGAGAGGGCCAAAGCGAGGGGCAGCCGCUCCUCACGUCGAGGCCGGAGAUGGAGGAUGGUGGAUGCUGCACCUGCGUUCUCUCCUAA